GAGAUAGCUCACAAAUUUUCGCUGACAGGAGGUUCAGUACCUCAGUAGUCUCGAUACUCCGGUCUCUGUUGUUGCACAGGACCGUCACGUUGAUUCUCCAUCAACGAUCCAUAUUGAAUCACCUUGGAGCAACGGGACAAUUUAAACCUCAAGGAAGUGUUUGUUCUGUCUUAAAGCAAGGUCUCGUUGAAGAUAAACACGUUUGGUGGGUUGCCUUUGGCGUCUUCAAGUAACUGCUCGGAUUAACCAGGACCUGCCGCCUCCACCAGCAGCACCACCGAGUCGAGCGGCGUCCACAAGCCGCUCUCAGGGACGCGGCAGCCGGAUAAGUUGCAAGCUUGGCAGAAGAUACAAGGAGGAAAUAAAUCAUAAAAUGCCUGUGGCAACAUCAUUUUCUGACUCCACCAUGCAUCAGGCUUUGGACACCCUGAGUGACAGCAUCAGCUCCACAACUGCCAAUGACCUGGACCUCAUCUUCCUCAAAGGAAUCAUGGAGAGCCCAGUGGCUCAUGAGCGCUUUGAAGAACCCAAGUUGGAAGCAGUGAGGGAGAACAACGUGGAGCUGGUCCAGGACAUCCUCAAGGAGCUCAACCCUCUGGCACACAGGAGCCAAGCAGCUGAAGAGCUGGUCCGCAUCCUGAAGGAGCCUCACUUUCAGUCCCUCCUGGAGACCCAUGAUUCUGUCGCUUCCAAAAACUACGAAACGCCUCCUCCCAGCCCUUGCGCCUUCAUGGACGCAGCCCUCAACAAUCAGCCGGUGCCCCCUGAUGCCGUGAGGAUGGUAGGCAUCCGCAAGGUGGCUGGUGAGCACCUGGGAGUGACGUUCCGUGUGGAGAGUGGCGAGCUUGUUAUCGCCAGAAUCCUCCACGGCGGCAUGAUCGACCAGCAAGGUCUACUUCACGUGGGGGACAUCAUCAAGGAGGUGAAUGGCAAGGAAGUGGGCAACGACCCCAAAGUCUUGCAAGAGAUGCUGAAGGAAGCGAGCGGCAGUGUGGUUUUGAAGAUUCUGCCCAGCUACCAGGAGCCCCACACACCAAGACAGGCUUUCGUCAAAUGUCACUUUGACUACGACCCAUCUCAUGACAACCUGAUUCCAUGUAAAGAGGCGGGACUGAGCUUCUGCAGUGGAGAUAUUCUGCAGAUUUUCAACCAGGAAGAUCUGAACUGGUGGCAGGCCUGCCACAUCCAGGGAGGAAGUGCAGGUUUAAUUCCCAGUCAGCUACUGGAAGAGAAGAGGAAAGCGUUUGUGAAAAGAGAUCUGGAGCUCGUUACUACAGGUCCUCUGUGUGCUGGGGUGGUUGGCAAGAAGAAGAAAAAGAUGAUGUAUUUAACCACCAAGAAUGCAGAAUUUGAUCGUCACGAGCUGCGGAUCUAUGAAGAGGUGGCCAAGGUGCCACCCUUCAGAAGGAAGACGUUAGUUCUAAUUGGUGCGCAGGGCGUUGGCCGUCGCAGUUUAAAGAACAAGCUACUGGUGUUGGAUCCUCAGCGGUACGGCACCACCAUCCCAUUCACCAGCAGAAAGCCAAAGGUGGACGAAAGAGACGGGCAGAUGUAUUCCUUCAUGACCCGCAGCGAAAUGGAAUGUGACAUCAAAAACGGACGAUUCCUAGAGCACGGUGAAUACGACGGGAACUUGUAUGGUACUAAAAUCAACUCCAUACACGAAGUGACGGAAACGGGAAAGAUCUGCAUCCUGGAUGUCAAUCCACAGGCUCUCAAAGUCCUGCGGACAGCCGAGUUCUUACCCUACGUCGUGUUCAUCGAGGCUCCGGAUUUUGAGGUCCUUAAAGCCAUGAACAGGUCGGCAAUAGAGUCAGGAGUGGUGACUAAACAGUUAACGGACUCUGAGCUCAAGAGGACAGUGGACGAAAGCGAGCGCAUCAAGAGGGCCUACGGACAUUACUUUGACCUCUGCAUCGUAAACGACGGCCUAGAAGCCACGUUCCGAAGUCUACGCGCUGCCAUGGAAAAAUUGUUAAACGAACAACAGUGGGUGCCCGUCAGCUGGGUCUUUUGAGUUUCAGAGCACAGCUGAGGAACGGUCGGACCAUUGAACACCCACUGCACCAUUCAGAGGCGGAAUUGUGAAGUGGUAUCUUUGAACAGACUUGGUGUUGUAUUUAAUUUUUCAUCAUACUGUCAAUUUUGAAGCGGUUCUAGAGUUGGCUUUUGGUUUUUAGUGCAAUCGGUGGGUGUGUGGUAAUCACAAACUUGGUUAUAAACAUUGUAGAGUAGGAACGGGACAGAUCGUUGAUUACUGACUCCCGCCUCGAGAUUUGUUCUUGUGUCUUUGAGUGGUAUAAGGAGUAAAUUAAAGCACUACUUUACAAUUAGACCACACCAUGAUCUUGCUAAACGAAGCUCUUACCCCUCAUACCUGUGCAAUAAUCAUGCUGUCCAAUCAGUAUCUUGAUUUGUCACACCUUUAAGGCUGUGCGCACCAACAUAGAUUUACAUAUAUAUGUAUAGAUAGAAUAUAUAUAAUAGAUUAUUUUAAAUUCUGUGUCAUUCCUUGGUACCAAAAUGCUACCACUGUGCAAUACUUUGAUAUAAGACAGAGCUUUGGGACUAAUACAAAAACGGUAAAUGAUGGAGUAUAGGUGCCAAAAUAUAUUCUGCAAAGAAUCCUAACCGCUAUAUUCGCAUUUUGACGCAAACGGUGUGCACUACUUGGCUGUGACCACGGGGGACGCUGUUGAUUCCGUAUCCAAGAGUGUGAGGUCAAAGAACAAUCAAGUUCGAAUUUGAAACAAGCUCAAAACGUUCUCCCACUAAAAGAAAUAAGGUAUUAAUUGGUUACGUGAUUGUUCAUUUUCAGCCUAGUUGAUCGAGAAAAUGUAGUAUCGUGGUGAUUCCUAGUGAAGAAUCAUAUGUUUUAGUAUGUAAAACGUUAUGGGAAAAAAGGGUCUAUACAUUUUAGCUUUCCAAAUCCUAAGUAAUUUCGUGUCAUGUUUACAUUGGAUUGCUAUAAAGGCUACUAGACGAUGGCAAAAUACCAAAUGUGAUAUUUGUAUUAAAUUCCAUAUAUUUUACCACCUCGCCAUAUACUGUAUAGUAGGAUUGUAUUUUUGGACAAAUGGGCUUAUUUGUGUUUCUUCAUUUGUUUGGAAAAUGAACAGCAAUAGAAACAUACUGCACAUUUGACACAUUUCUCACACAUUAAACUGAAGCUCUCGACAUAAAAAUCUAGCCACUUUCAACUUGAAUAUUAUUGACUACCAUAGCCUGCUUUGUUUACUUGUAUUUGAAGCACUGCGAGUUUCAAACCAGGUAAACACAAUCUUAGGAGAAACAAAUUACGCCAAACAUUCAAUACCUUUUAGUGAUGUUGUUAUUUGUGAUGUACAAACAGUCCAAUACAUACUUUUGCCUUAACAUGCUUCAAAGCCAAGGAUUCAUAGAAUAUUUAAAUACCGUUCCAACAAUUACAAGCAUCUCAUAUUUAUUUUACCCUCAAACCUAUAAGUAGUGAAUUGUAAUAAAGAUUAUACUAUCACUCAAAGACGGUGUUGGUGUGGCUGGUGUGUAGCUGGAGGACCAUCUCUAUGGAGAUGCUGACAAGCUUGUUUAUUUUAAAAACACACUAUUUGUUGGCAAGAGUUCACAGCUUCUAAGCUGGUGGGUUCACAAGGGUGCUGGUGGAGGCUGACGGACGUCUCGAGGGUGUCCUCCAAUGAUGAAGAGCCAGAGGCAGUGUGAUUGGAUACAUCUCGUAGGCAGGCGGUGGGCCCCCUGGCCAAACACUUGUCAGUUUGGGGUCAAACUGGAAGAGAUUUGAGUUUAAAUAAUAAUCCUUCUCAAAAAAAUUAGUAUAUUGUGUAGGGCUGUCAAACGAUUAAAACUUUUAAUCGAGUUAAUUACAGCUUAAAAAUUAAUUAAUCGUAAUUAAUCGCAAUUAAUCGCAAUUCAAACCAUCUAUAAAAUAUGCCAUAUUUUUCUGUGAAUUAUAUAUACACAAGAUGGAUAUAUACAUUCAACAUACGGUACAUAAGGACUAGUGGUGGUGGUGGUAUACUUGUAUAGCGCUUUUCCACAUUUCAAGGCACUCAUGGGCAUUUCACUCUACUGUCAUUUAAAUCUGUCUAUGCUGUCCUCACUCCGAAGCGUCUACUUUUUCCAAAGCUAGACAGCUAGUGAACGAUGCCUUAAUAAUCAGACUUCUUCCUUUUUCAUCUGAUUUAUUAAUAAAAUGGCCUCAAACCAUUGUCCUCUUUAGACCGUCUUAAAACAACCAAAAAAAAGUACACAAGCAUUGCAUUAGCAACAACGUUAGCUUAGCACGCUAUACAGGUUAACUAAACAUAAACAAAAAGCGUCUCAUACAAAAAAUAUAACAUUUCGCUUACUAACAUAAUAUGUACAUUCUUUACAACAACCAUACUUACGGACAAAUCUUGUCCAAGGAUAAUAUAAGCACAACAGAGACGUCGUGCAGCCAUAUUGAACUGGCAAGAAAUCAAUAAACCAUGUCGCAAAGCGACCACAAGAGUUCGCUGUUAGACAGCACAAAAAGCCUUGCUGUAAAACUUACCAAAAGGCAGAAUACUGUCUGAGCGGGACAUGUGCGUUAAUUGCGUCAAGUAUUUUAACGUGAUUAAUUUAGAAAAUUAAUUACCGCGCGUUAACGCGUUAAUUUUGACAGCUAAUAUUGUGAUAAUGUUCAAUAUUUUCUGUAAUGUACUGAUAAACCUUAGACUUUCAUAUAUUUUAGAUCCCUUACACACAACUGAAGUAGUUCAAGCCUUUUAUUGUUUUAAUAUUGAUGAUUUUGGCAAAAAAGUCAAGAAAAACAAAAAAUCUCUAUCUCACAAAAUUAGCAUAUCAUGAAAAGGUACUCUAAAGAAGCUACUAACCUAAUCAUCUGAAUCAACGAAUUAACUCAAAACCCCUGCGAAAAAUUCCUGAGGCUUUUAAAAACUCCCAGCCUGGUUCAUUACUCAAACCCGCAAUCAUGGGCAAGACUGCCGACCUGACUGCUGUCCAGAAGGCCAUCACUGACACCCUCAAGCAAGAGGCUAAGACACAGAAAGAAAUUUCUGAGCGAAUAGGCUGUUCCUAGAGUGCUGUAUCAAGGCACCUCAGUGGGAAGUCUGUGGGAAGGAAAAAGUGUGGCAGGAAACGCUGCACAACCAGAAGAGGUGACCGCACCCUGAGAAAGAUUGUGGAGAAGGGCUGAUUCCAGACCUUG